GCGCUUAGCCGCGCGCCAUGGCCGGGCUGCUGGCGCUCCUGGGCCCCGCCCGCAGGGUGGGCGCCCGGGUACGGCCUCGCGCUUCCUGGCUCCUGGGCGCCGCAGCCCACUGCGCGCCGCGCCCCCUGUUGCUGCCGCUGCUCCGGCCCCGGCCCGAUGCCCCGCUGCUGCGCGCGGUCGGCGGGGACAGCCGCGGCCGCCAGGACCCCAGCAAGAUCACCGCGACGCCAGCCCCUCCCGUCAGCAGCUCGGAGGAGGAAAAGCAAAGCAAGUCACAGCAGCUGAGAAGGAUUUUCCAAGAGUAUGGUGCCGUGGGCGUGUCACUGCACGUCGGAAUCUCCCUGAUCUCCUUGGGGAUAUUUUACAUGGUGGUUUCAAGUGGUGUGGACAUGUCUGCAAUCCUGCUCAAACUCGGAUUUAAAGAGUCACUGGUGCAGUCGAAGAUGGCAGCAGGCACAAGCACCUUUGUUGUGGCCUACGCCAUCCACAAGCUAUUUGCCCCCGUGCGAAUCAGCAUCACCUUAGUGUCCGUGCCCUUCAUCGUCAGAUAUUUUCGCAAAGUGGGAUUUUUUAAACCUCCAGCUGCAAAGCCUUGAUGAACGCUUCAAACCUGUUUCUUUUAAAUAGAAAUUUUGGGUUCAUUUUAGCAUAGAGCUUUUCCGGGGUUGAGGGGGAGGUUAGGAGUAGGGUGGGGACAGGAAGCUAAUUGCUAUGUUCUCAUGAAUAAGUUUUCCCUUUGGCAACAAAAUUCAGGUUUUUUAAUAAUUGUAAUUAUUUUGCUUUACAAAUGUUGUUAAUGCUGUUCCUCAUAGAAUUUGUACACGUAAUCUAAAAUGUCAGUGAAACGUCACAAAUUGAGUUGUCAUCACAAAUUGAGUUGUCAUCUCAAAACUGUUCGCCUACAGACGGUCCUUCUGGAAGAUGACUGUUGAGGUUCUAGUCUGCGAAAGCCCUCAGGGGUUAAUCUUCGCUCAAAUUCUUAAAGGGCAACGAUUCAUUAAGCCGGUUUUUAAAAUUCCCCUUCCUCCAGUGUCUGCUGUCAGGCCGCCUGCAGUUUCAUGCACAGUAUCUACAAAGCAGCUUCCAGUGUUACCGUUAAUGAAGCCGAAUUUAAGACUUAACAAUAUGUAAUCAGGAUCUAAAUUAGCGUCAACGCAUCGACGUUCAUUACCCUUCUUUUAGGGAGGAAGAAUAACCAGUAUCUCUGGUGUUUCAUUGAUGCUAAAACACCUUCCAGUCUGGACAUUCUCAAAUUUCACUGAAGUAGGUCAAGGUCAUUUGUCUCUGUUGGGGUAAAAAAUGGAAAUUCUGUUCAAUAGUAAUGGCAUCACAUGGCUUCUGAUGGCCUAAUCCACAGGUGAGCUUGGACACUGCACUCAUGGAAAGCUAAGACAAUCUUUGCUUAACCCUCUAUCUCUCAAACGUCAGACAUUCCAGAACUAUCAUCACCAUGUUUACAUUGUGUUGCUACUUAUAUUUUUUUGAGUUGAAAUUGUUAUGUAGAAAAAUAUUUUAUAUCACUCUCUAAAAAGGAAAAUGAGAGGCAGUUGCUGUAAAUGGGAGGCAGCUGGGAAAUACAACAUAAUACAAGCCUGGGAGGGAGGGGUCAGGCAGGUGUAAUUACCUUCUGUUGAGCCACUUUUACCUGAUAAAGGAGGUUUGACCUGAGCUUCCCAUCCCCCCCCCCUUGCUGUGAGG